AUGGCGACAAGUACGCAUGAGCCUUCCAAGCCUCGAAAACGACGUCGCCUCUCCCCUUCAGACUACACAGUUGCCUGCAUAUCCCCCCUGGCUCUCGAGCUUGCACCUCUUCGUGCUAUGCUCGAUGGAAUUCACGAGGAUCUCCCUCGACAUCGCAACCACAAUGCCUACGUGCUGGGGGAACUCGGACAACAUAAUGUGGUCAUGGUUGUCUUGUCUGAGAUUGGCAAUAACCACUCCGGCAUUGCAGCAUUGGGCGGUGGCGUCCCUAGUGCUGGUCUUCAAAAGGCGGAUAGCGUACGACUAGGUGAUAUCGUCGUUAGCCAGCCCACAGAUAUAGCAGGAGGUGUCAUUCAGUUUGACAGAGGCAAGCGCCUUGAUGGAGAUUUAUUCUUGCGCACUGGAUGUUUGGCCAAACCACCGGCUUUUUUGACUGCUGCGGUGGAGGUUUUAAAGGCAAAACAUUUGCAAGAAGGGAAUCAAAUAAGGGAGCUCAUUUCGGACAUGACAAAGCGCUAUCAGAAUAUGAAAACGGACUACAUCUUCCCGGGCAUAGAACAAGAUCAGCUUUUCGAGUCCGAAUACUCUCAUGUGGGAACUGAAACUUGCCGAGACUGCGAUACCUCAAGAUUACGACCUCGGGAAGCACGCUCGGACCCGUCUGUGAGAAUCCACUAUGGAACCAUUGGUAGCUCCAACUGUGUUAUCAAGAGUUCUGUGGAAAGAGACAAUUUGAGAGACACAUAUAAAAUCAAAUGUGUUGAAAUGGAGGCUGCGGGCCUCAUCGAUGCCUUUCCUUCUUGCCUCGUUAUCCGAGACAUAUGCGAUUAUUCCGAUUCUCAUAAGAACAAACAAUGGCAGCCCUUCGCUGCAGCAGCCGCAGCAGCAUAUGCCAAGGAGUUGCUUCUAACAAUCCCUUCCUUACAGCAGCAGAAUUCUACCCAUAUGUCCUUACGCAUGUCGCCUGAGAGUUAUUGUGAGCCUGCGCGUGAGACAAGCGGGAACAACACCUUCAAUCCACAGUCACUCCAGCCCCCUGCUGGGGACGCUGCCGUGCAUCAAAAGCUUUUGGGAUCUCUGUUGUUUGAACGAAUGGACUCACGCCUCGCAAACAUAGCUCGCCCCCUCUCAAAAACAUGUCAGUGGAUCUUUAAACAGCAAAUGUUUGAGACAUGGCUCGCUGGUGAUGACGUCGAAGAACAUCAUGGGUUUCUUUGGAUCAAAGGCAAGCCCGGUAGUGGGAAGUCAACAGUCAUGGUGAAGGUCUUACGUACUCUCGAAAAGGAGAAACCCAGUGAUGUUACAAUUUCAUAUUUCUUCAAUGCACGGGCCUCAGACUCUCUGGAAAAGUCUGUUCUUGGCAUGUACCGCUCCCUUGUCUAUCAACUACUUCAGAAAUGUCCCCGUUUGAAUGGACUUUUCACCAAAGCAUUCGCCUCGAAAUUGUAUAACGAUGUCGUGGAAGAAUGGACGACCGUUGAACUACAAGGCUUUCUGCUUGAUGUGGUCGAGAGCUUAGGUGGCCAAGCCUUAAACAUUCUGAUUGAUGCUCUGGAUGAAGGAGAUGAAGAGGAUAUACGCCAGAUGAUCGCCUUCUUGGAAGAGUGCACAUCGGAGUCCGUCGAAUCUAGCAGUCCAUUGAGGAUCUGUCUCUCCAGUCGGCAUUAUCCCCAUAUCAGUAUCCGCCAAGGACUCCAUCUAAUUAUGGAACGACAAGACGGUCAAGAAGAGGACAUUGAACUCUAUGUGCGGACCAAGUUAAUCAGCAAAAGGUCAAAGUACAUCGAGAUGCUUAGACAGAAGGUGUGUCAGAAGUCGUGUCGAGUAUUCCUGUGGGUCGUCCUUGUCAUCCCGAUCCUGAACAAAAUCUAUGAUCGUGGUGGUCAGCUGACAGAGAUGGAGAAAUGUCUGGACGAUAUCCCAGAAACGCUAGAUGGAGUAUUUGCCACGAUCCUGGCAAAGACCUCGGAUGGUAUCGACCAGUCUAUCUUGCUUUUACAGUGGGUCCUUUUCGCUUCACGGUCUCUCAGUCCUGAUGAACUCUAUCUCGCAUCUCGGCUGGGCUCGAGAUCAACAUGUGCAAAUGAAGAGAACUUGCCAUCCGAAGACACAGAUUUAUUAUCAGACGACGCAAACUUGCCACCCGACGAUACGGUGAGCCGCUACCUUCUAGAUUGCUCCAGGGGACUUACCGAAAUUACCAAAUCAAAGCCACCUAUAGUGCAGUUCAUCCAUGAAUCGGUCCGAGACUUUCUAGUCAAACACAAGGGCCUCGCAACAAUCGAUGAGUCCCUUGCGGACAAUAUCGAAGGCCACAGCAAUGAAGAACUGUGUAAAGCCUGCUUGAGAUACUUUGACCAGCAUUUGCCAGCGUACGAAAACUAUCUGCUAGAUUCCAAUCCACAAUGGCGUGGCCAGCGACAACUGUUAAGACGAUUUCAAGAUGGCAAAACUCUGGAUCUUCUCAAAUGGGUUCAAUACAGGAACACUUUCCUGCCGCAACGUUUCCAGAUCCGGAGAUACACCGACAGCAUCCACCUGCUCUACAUUCUAGCGGAUAACAACAUGCAUGACUUGCUCAAAACCCUACUAGAAGAGCCGGUCGAUGUAAAUAUCACUGGGCAACGCUACGAAAGUGCGCUCCAAGCAGCCUGCGUCGCUGGUAACUUUGAUAGUGCAACACUUCUCCUUCAGAACGGAGCAGAGCCGAUAAUCCGAACGGCAAAUUAUCAGCUUGCGCUCAAGUCAGCAAUCAAGAAAGAGCGUAAGGCAAUGCUGAAUCUACUUCUGAGCUUUGACCUAUCAAAAAAAUCCGAUGUCCUUGGCAACAUGAUUUUCACGGCACUUGAAGUUCGCAAUAAUGAUGCAUUUCAAACUCUGCUGAAGACUGGAGCUGAUCCCAAUUUCCAAAAGAAAAAUGGAAACACGCCUCUCUACGAGGCAGCCGGCAGAGGCGAUCUUCAUGCUGUCAGUCUCCUCAUCAAGACUACAGCACAUGUCAAUGCCACAGGUGGCCAUUACGGUAAUGCCCUACAGGCAGCGGCGGCAUGUGGUCAUGAAUCGGUAGUGCAACUACUGAUCGAGAAUAAGGCUCAAGUCAAUGCUGAAGGUGGCGCUUACGGUAAUGCCCUACAGGCAGCGGCGGCAUGUGAUCAUGAAUCGGUAGUGCAACUACUGAUCGAGAAUAAGGCUCAAGUCAAUGCUGAAGGUGGCGCUUACGGUAAUGCCCUACAGGCAGCGGCGGCAUGUGAUCGUGAAUCGGUAGUGCGACUACUGAUCAAGAAUGGGGCUCGUGUCAAUGCUGAAGGUGGCGCUUACGGUAAUGCCCUACAGGCAGCGGCGGCAUAUGGUCGUGAAUCGACAGUGCGACUAUUGAUCGAGAGCGGAGCGAGCGUCGAUGACGCACUUCGAGGCGCGAUCGUCAGCACCCAAGCUGGCGCCACAGAACUAUUGUUGGAGAGCGAACAGGCAGUCAAAGCUGAACUGAAGCGAGGUCUCCAAGAUAUUGUACAAUCAUUGAUUGACCAUGGCACGGACGUGAAUGUUCGACAUAGCGAGAUUGAUGAUGCAAAAAUGUGUUCGAACAAAUGGAAACUGACGCAAGCAUUGUUUUCCGCAGAAUUAAGCAGAGCCGGAGUCUCCGUCGAUGACAUUUGUGCAGCAAAUGUCUUAGAGGCGGCGAUUAUGAGAGAUAAGUCCUCUCAGAUGGUGGAGAUACUUCUCAAAAACGGCGCAAAUGCCAAUAGCCGGGGUCCCAAUAGACUGUUUCCCACAGUUCUACACAUAGCGGUUCUGACCAACGACUAUGAGGCUUCAAAGCUGCUCAUUUCAUUUGGAGCAGAUGUCAAUGCGCAGGGGGGACCUUUUGGUAAUGUCUUGGGAGCGGCUGAAGCUCUCAACCAUUGGCGCAUCACUGACUUGCUUGUCAACAAUGGGGCGCGACGCGAGCCUCCAUCCUGA